AUGGCCGAACAGUUUCUUUCAUGUGAUGGAAAUUUCGUUCAGAUUCCUCGAGAUCAUUUCAAACAAACUUCAAAUAAUCGCAAAGAUAUGCCGUCUAUGAUAUCUAUAGCUGCCAUUUCAUCCAAUUUGUCUACAGAUGAUUCUUCAUUAAUACGUCGAAAACUUCCCGAUUCUCCGAGAAUCUGUUGUUUCAUUCCUAUCAAUGCUGCUUCUAUAUUCGGAGUCACAGCAUCAUGCAUUCUAACGUUAUCCGUCUACAUCUAUGCAAUGAUUCAAAUUACAAAAACCGAUGAUCCAACUUCUCGUGCUCGCCAAAUUGGCAUCAUUUCCAUUGCUGAGACGCUGAUUCUACUUUUCGCAGCUCUCUUCAUUUGGGGAAUUUUUGGUCAUCGUCAUCGUCUGAUUGUUCCUUUCGCAUCAAUUUCAACAUUCUUCCUAUUUGCCUUAGCAGGUGUUUGCAUUUUCUCUAUCGUCACUACAGCCAAUGAAUGGGAUGAUGAGGUCAAGAAAGUUUCUUCAGAUUCAUCCGCCAUUACGGAUAUUCUACUAUUUCGCUUAGUUCUGGCAUUUGUGGCCAUCUUCCAAGCAAUUCUCGUUUUUUGUUACAUUCGGUCGUACCUUUACAUUCGUCAUUUACGACGUCUGAGUGAACAAUGA